AUGGAGGCUCAAACAGGCGAGUCUAAAGACUCAUCUGAAUUAGAUUUGUUGAGACAGAGAAUUACCAUUUCAGCUUCUCCACAAACGCCUAUUCCGUUACCAAUUAAUGUUGAGGAUGAUAGCACUGAUUCUAUAAAUUUAUAA